UGUAUGCUGUUGCUCUUUCAUCUGGUAACCAAAGUACCAACUGCUUGGGACUGAACAGCUAGAAGCCUGCACUCUGCCGUGGCCAGCAGCUGGAAACCGACUCCUGGUGCAGGUUCUGUGAAUAGACCAGAAUGGCAAAUUUUAAGGGACAUGCUCUUCCCGCUGUUUUCUUCAUCAUCUUUGGCCUCUGGUGGUGUCUGAAAUACUCACUGAAGUACCACAGCAGGAGAUUAAACAAAAACGGACCUGGAAACCAUUGGUUCAGUCGUAUUGAAAUCACUGAAGGGGCUGUCAAGAUAAUAUUUUCAGUAAUAGGGAUGCUGGCUGAGCAGUUUGUUCCGGAUGGUCCCCACUUGUACCUCUACAGCGGGGACCCUCAUACCUGGAUGAAACUGAUGAACUGGCAACACACAACCAUGUACCUGUUCUUCUGCAUCUCAGGGAUAAUGGAUGUACUCACCUAUACUUCAUUCCAAGUGCCCAUAGGACUGGAUCGCUUAAUGCUUUCUGUUGCGCUCUUUGUUGAAGGCUUCCUCUUCUACUUCCACGUCAUGAGCCGGCCAUUGCUGGAUCAACUAAUCCAUUCUUUGCUGCUCAUCGCCAUCUUUGGUGCGGCUGCCAGUGUACUCCUGGAAACCUUCUUGCGAGAUAAUAUUGUCUUGGAACUUUUGCGCAGCAGCCUUGCCCUCCUGCAAGGAACCUGGCUCUUUCAGAUAGGUUUUGUGCUCUUCCCACCAUGGGGAGGUCCUGCUUGGGACGCAAAUGAUCAUGGCAAUAUUAUGUUCCUCAUCAUGUGCUUCUGCUGGCACUAUGCCCUCGCAAUCGUCAUUCUGGCCAUGAACUAUGCUGUGGCUUACCGUGUCGUGCAGAAGUGUUGCACAAACAAAGGAGGAACAGAAAUCAAGCUUGCCAAGCGGAAGGAGAAUGAAAAGAGCUCUCGGAUCGCGCUCUUGAAAGGAUCGGAUGAAGAUUAAGUCAAGAUCAUCUCCUUAGCUGAUUUCUUCUGUUCCCAGAAGCAUUAAACCUUCGUAAAAUUCCAAAGAAAUAAAACUCUUACGAGAGGAAACAAAAAAAAAAAGAGAUUCCAGCAGGGUUUCUGUUGUUUCUGAGGGAUGAAGACAGCACUUCCUCAAAUUCUCUUAAAUCCACUUAUCUUGAAGUUUGUAUUUUUUUUUGUUCUUGUAUUUAAGAAAAGCAAAUGUAAAAUGCAGAUUGUUGCCUUUUGUGCAUAUGCAGCUUGCUACAGAUUUUCCCAGUGGUCAAAUCACGUGGCUUGGAAAUGCCUUCUGGGAAACCAUUCCGCACUACUCCUUUCACCCCAUAGUUUUGAGAUAUGUUUAAAAUAAUUAAAAUGAUCUGCAGUGAUGUAGCAAGCUAUUUUAUAUGGUUCCUGGCUUAUCUCUGUUGCCCUAUGAAAGGAUACCUUGUCAUUUUGGUUAUCAUGACUUUUGCUUUUCCUGUGUUUGCCCUGUCCUAACCAGCAGCAUGAUCAAGGAUCUAAUCUGUAUUUGUUAUUAAUUUUCUUUCCGCAGGUAAGUUCACCAGCAGAAAUGCACUUUGUACCUUUGUCUGACGUGGUGAAAAUAUAUAUGAAUUUCCGUGUGUAUGAUUACAGCUGCCUCAUAAAUGAUAACAAUGCUGUCUCCACCUUCUGGACUACAAGGUCUCUGCGAUGCCCACUCUCUUAUUUAUCCUAAACAAUAAAGUGCUAAGAAAUCUAAUGUCCACACAACAAACCCUCCACCAAUGGGGCAGCAGGACUAUGAGUCCUGCUCCUCCAUUGGUGGAGGGUUCGUGGGGGAAACAGACGAUUUCUUCCCUGUCUGCAAAGCAGCAGCGCCUUGGACCCAGAAGCCCUCUGCCUUUCCCCCACCCCCACCAGCCAGCCUGGACCAUGGAACAGCUGAUCUGAGGCCCGUCACAUGGGCCUACAGAGGCACAGCAAAGUCCCCUCCCCCCACAGCCAUUCUCCCCCACCCCAAUACUAACCUGCCAACCCUCCUCACCCUCAUACUCACCCCAUUAAAGUCCAUUGCAAAAUAGAUUUUUCCUUUUCCGCCCUUUGCUAGGGCCCAUUGCAUCUCUCCUGCAAUGGACUUUGAUGGUAGUUUGUAAAAAAUAUAUAAUAUGUGCAAAAUAAUGUUUAUUUAUCCCUUUAUUUAUAUUUCGCUGCCAUCAGGAAUUUAAUUCCAACCCCUCCCCUUAUACUUUAUUCUGUCUCAGAUUGGAUUAAAUUAAAAGCUGUGGAUUUCUGUGUA